AUUACAGUAAUAGUUUCGUUAAUAAUCAAUGUCCUUUUUAGGACAAUGAAAUUUUAUCAUUUCUCUUCUGUGGGCAACUCCCAUUCCUCCCUCUAACCUCCCCACCCCCACCACCACCACCACCACCGGUGGCCUUAAACCCUAACCCUAAUUUCAUUUCUUCAAAAUGGCUUUCCAAAACGACGCCGUCGUUAUAGCGCCGCCACAAAAACCCUCAACACCUUCUUCAAUAAUUGAGAGAUUUAGAGCGGCAUUGAAAGAAAGAGAAGAUGAACUUAAGGCUUAUAAUAAUGAGGAUGAGGAUGAUGUUAUUGUGUUGCCGCCUAAUAUGGAUGAAAUUGUUAGGCUUUAUGAGUUGCUUUUAUCGGACUUGACUUUUAAUUCUAAGCCUAUGAUUACUGAUUUCACUAUAAUUGCUGGUGAACAGAGAGAACAUAGUCAAGGUAUUGCUGAUGCAAUUUGUGCAAGGAUUCUUGAGGUCCCAGUUGAGCAGAAGCUACCCUCAUUAUACCUUCUGGAUAGUAUUGUAAAGAAUAUUGGCAGGGACUACGUCAGGCAUUUCUCUGUCCAUUUACCUGAGGUUUUCUGUGAGGCAUACAGGCAAGUGCACCCUAGCAUGCAUCCUGCAAUGCGCCAUCUCUUUGGAACGUGGUCGACUGUGUUCCCAGCACCUGUCCUCCGCAAAAUUGAGACUCGUCUCCAGUUUUCACAGCCGGGGGUCCAACAAUCUUCUGGCUUGACUUCGUCCAGAGCAUCUGAAUCACCAAGACCAACUCAUGGCAUUCAUGUAAAUCCAAAAUAUUUGGAAGCAAGGCGUCAGCUUGGGCACUCCACUAUUGAUUCUGUGAGAGCUGAAAAUCGUACAGGCCAUACAUCUUCAGAUCUGGAAGCAACACAAGUUCUGUCUAAAGCUUCAAAGAAUGUGAGAUCAUCCUCUCCUUAUAGAGUGGGCCCUCCGAGGUCAUUGUCACCCACCCUCGACGAGUUUGCAGUGGAUGAUUCUGCCAUAGGACUCAGAGAAGGGGCCUCACCAUCUCAUCCUGCACUUGACUAUGGGCUUAACAGAGCAAGAGGUAGAGAUGAUGACAGGAGUGAGUGGCAGAGAAUUUUGCCUGAUGAUGCCCAUCAGCAACCAGACAUUCCUGCUAAAUACAGCGUGAACAAGGCAAUUGAUCUUCAAGGACCGAGAGCUUUGAUUGAUGCUUAUGGAAUUGAUGAAAGGGAAAAGGUAGCCAAUCAGAGGCAACAAAAGAUUGGCAAUGCCACUAUUAAUGGCUUAGGUGAUAGGUUAGCCGUAAAGACGUGGCAAAAUACCGAAGAGGAAGAGUUCAACUGGGAAGAUAUGAGUCCAACUUUAGCAGAUCAGAGUCCUUUUAAUGAUUUGUCAACAUCAGUUCGCCAUCCUCAGAGUAUUAGGAUGAGACCUGGUAUUGAUUCACAACAUACUAUGCCUUUGGUGACUGACCCUAGAAGGAGCUGGUCUAAUCAAGGACAAUAUUCUUUAGUUCAUGAUUCUUCCUUGGAUGAUGUUCACUCGUCUGGUCGAGGGGCGAGAAAUAAAAUUACUGGAUAUUGCGAUGAGACAUCUCUGAUUUCAGGUUCGCAUUAUCUUCAAAAGCUUCCAAAAAAUGUGCCACAGUUGCCUCAAAGACAUUUAACGGGUGAAGGAAGUGGAAUCUCAUCAGCUGCUGCUGAAUCCAAGCAUCCUUUGAUUAGCAAUUUGGCUGCUGAUGGACAUACUUGGAGGCUACCAUAUGUUCCGCCAAGAAUGAAUCCUACUUUUGACUCUUCAGUUCAGGAUAUUCGGGUGGCUGCUGAUGGACAUACUUGGAGGUCACCAUAUGUUCCUACAAAUGUGCAUAAUCCCCAAUGUUUGACUUCAAAAUCUGUUGUUCUGCCUCAUAAUCAUAUCAGAAGUCCUUUUGAACUAAAGAAUGCUAGCAAUUCAGUUGUCAAUCAUAGUCUGGACAGGGCAGUUCUUCCUGAGCAACAUACUGAUAAUUUGAAGAGCAGCUCAUAUAUCAAGUUUCCGCAAUUUCCUAGUCAACAUCCUGGGUCAUUUUCUGCAAAUCAUCAAAACCCUGAACAAAUGGCUUCAGCAGAACCUCAGCUAUUGCUUUCUCAGCGUAUUCAUCAGACGAUGCCUCCAAGUGCCUCACUUCCAGCCUCGAACCACUUGCAAUUACCACCAAUUUAUAGAUACCCUCCACAGGGUCCUGGUUACCGUCCAGUUUCAGGUCCACAGGUGUCUAUGCCAUUGGUUAAUGUCCCAAAUGCAUCAUCACAAUUUUCUUGGGGAGCCUUACAACCUUUGCCCAGAGGCCCACUUCCUAUGUCUUCUCAAUUCAUGCCACCUGCAGGUCAGGUUACUCCUAACCCUCCGGCAGGAGGCUUUUCAAGCUUGAUUAGCUCGCUGAUGGCCCAAGGUUUGAUUUCAUUGACAAAUCAAGCUCCCGCACAGGAUUCUGUGGGCCUUGAUUUUAAUCCGGAUCUUCUUAAGGUUCGUCAUGAUUCUGCGGUAACUGCUUUAUAUGCUGAUCUGCCAAGACAGUGCACAACUUGUGGCCUACGAUUUAAAUGCCAAGAGGCUCACAGCAGUCAUAUGGAUUGGCAUGUAACUAAGAAUCGAGUGUCAAAAAAUCGCAAGCAGAAGUCUUCUCGUAAGUGGUUUGUAAGUGUCAACAUGUGGCUUAGUGGUACAGAGGCUUUAGGAUCUGAUGCAGUUCCUGGGUUUCUACCGACUGAGCAAGUUGUGGAAACGAAGGAUGAUGAAGAAUUGGCCGUCCCUGCUGACGACGAGCAGAAUGUUUGUGCACUUUGUGGAGAGCCUUUUGAUGAUUUUUACAGUGACGAGACUGAAGAAUGGAUGUAUAGGGGGGCUGUCUACAUGAAUGCACCAAAUGGGUCAACUGUUGGAAUGGAAAGGUCUCAGUUAGGUCCAAUUAUUCAUGCAAAAUGCAGAUCUGAAUCUAGUGCAACUCCACACGAGGACUCCAGAAGAGUGGAUGAGGUUCAGGAAGAUGAGAGUCAAAGGAAACGAAUGCGGAGUUAGCUUCAUUAAAUCAGCUUCUAGGUGCAUUGUAACUUUAUCUUGAGAUUCCUCCAUGAUAGCAUUCAGCUUUAGAUUAUUUUUAGGUACCAUGCCAGAAUCAUGUACAUGUACAGGAGAGUUGUAACAUCAAAGCUUCUUGUCAGAAAAGGUUUCAUACAAUCUUGGAGCAUUUAUAUCCCGGCUUUCUCUA